CUCCCUCGGGGGAUGCAGCUAGGCUGUGCUCACUCCCCAGCCGGGGCCGGGGAGCCUCCAGGCUGAGAGGCUCCAGCCCGCCCCGAACCGUGACCUCCGCAUGGAGGGGCCGCUCCUUCUGCCAGCCGGGUUGGGGCCGCUCCCGCCGCCGCUGCAGGGAGGCGGAGCCGCCUCUGUUCCGGAGCCUGGAACCCGGCAACACCCGGGACACGAGACGGCGGCGCAGCGGUACAGCGCUCGCCUGCUGCAGGCCGGCUGCGAGCCGGAGAGCAGCAUGGCGGAUUAUCUGAUCAGCGGCGGCACCGGCUACGUGCCCGAGGAUGGGCUCACUGCGCAGCAGCUCUUCGCCAACGCCGACGGUCUCACCUACAACGAUUUCCUGAUUCUCCCAGGAUUCAUAGACUUCAUAGCUGAUGAGGUGGACCUGACUUCAGCUCUGACUCGGAAGAUUACGCUGAAGACGCCGCUGAUCUCCUCCCCAAUGGACACUGUGACAGAAGCUGACAUGGCCAUCGCCAUGGCUCUAAUGGGCGGUAUUGGUUUCAUUCACCACAACUGCACUCCAGAGUUCCAGGCCAAUGAGGUGCGGAAGGUGAAGAAAUUUGAACAGGGCUUUAUCACGGACCCCGUGGUGCUGAGCCCCUCACACACCGUGGGUGACGUGCUAGAGGCCAAGAUUCGACAUGGCUUCUCUGGCAUCCCCAUCACUGAGACAGGCACCAUGGGUAGCAAGCUGGUGGGCAUCGUCACUUCCCGAGACAUCGACUUUCUUGCAGAGAAGGACCACACCACCCUCCUCAGUGAGGUGAUGACACCACGGAAUGAGCUGGUGGUGGCUCCAGCAGGUGUGACAUUGAAAGAGGCAAAUGAGAUCCUGCAGCGCAGCAAGAAAGGAAAACUGCCCAUUGUCAAUGAUCAGGAUGAGCUAGUGGCCAUCAUUGCCCGCACCGACCUGAAGAAGAACCGGGACUACCCUCUAGCCUCCAAGGAUUCCCACAAGCAACUGCUGUGCGGGGCGGCUGUGGGCACCCGCGAGGACGACAAAUACCGCCUGGACCUGCUCACCCAGGCGGGCACCGAUGUCAUAGUGCUGGAUUCAUCCCAAGGGAACUCUGAGUAUCAGAUCGCCAUGGUGCACUAUAUCAAGAAGAAGUACCCCCACCUCCAGGUGAUUGGGGGAAACGUGGUGACAGCAGCUCAGGCCAAGAAUCUGAUUGAUGCUGGUGUGGACGGACUGCGUGUGGGCAUGGGCUGUGGCUCCAUCUGCAUCACCCAAGAAGUGAUGGCCUGUGGUCGGCCUCAGGGCACUGCCGUGUAUAAGGUGGCUGAGUAUGCCCGGCGCUUUGGGGUGCCAGUCAUAGCUGAUGGUGGCAUCCAGACCGUGGGGCACGUGGUCAAGGCCCUAGCCCUUGGAGCAUCCACAGUGAUGAUGGGCUCCCUGCUGGCUGCCACCACGGAGGCCCCUGGCGAGUACUUCUUCUCGGAUGGAGUGAGGCUCAAGAAGUACCGGGGCAUGGGCUCCUUGGAUGCCAUGGAGAAGAGCAGCAGCAGCCAGAAACGAUACUUCAGUGAGGGGGAUAAGGUGAAGAUUGCACAGGGCGUAUCAGGGUCCAUCCAGGACAAAGGCUCCAUUCAGAAGUUUGUGCCCUACCUCAUAGCGGGGAUCCAGCAUGGCUGCCAGGAUAUCGGUGCCCGGAGCCUGUCUGUCCUACGGUCCAUGAUGUACUCAGGAGAGCUCAAGUUUGAGAAGAGGACCAUGUCAGCUCAGAUCGAGGGUGGCGUCCAUGGCCUGCAUUCCUAUACCUUUCUGCCGUUUACGAGAAGCGGCUAUACUGAGGACGGUGGUGGAGGUGGUGGUGGAGGCCGAGGUGGCAGAGGGGGUACGCCCCAGGGUCCCCCUGUAGGAACAGCCUCCCUCCAUAACUGAGCAGUCCACAGAUUUGCACUAUGGGUUCCCCAGCUCCUUUCAAGGGAGAAAAGAGGGGAGGCCCUGAGGGUCUGGGGCCCCUUGCUGGGCAUCCCCCGCAGAGUCAGGACUGCUCCUGGGGCCUGGCUGCCCUGGGAGCCCCCACCCUGGGUUCCCCCUUCUUCAGCCCCUCUGAGCCCACCAGCCUGGGCUCUCAGGCCCUGCGCCUGCCUCAGGUCUUUUUUGCUGCAGCCUGCUCCGGCCUGGCUCCCUCCUCUGGGGCAGUGGCCCCUCCUAGCUUCUCCUGUAGGGUACUCUUCCCGCCCCCGCCCCCCGAAAUGGUGCUCUCCUGGCCCUGCCUCUGGCUCCUUCCUGGGCUGCUGCCCCGUCAGCCAUGGGGCACUUCUGGGCUCCUGACCUAGGCCAGAGGGAGGUCUCUGCCCCCUUCCCCUGGCCCUAGGCUACCUGUUCCUCAGGCCUCCCCCUGUUCCCUGCCCUGGGGAGGAAGCAGCCCAUCAUUCUUGACCCACCACCAUCCCCAGGUGUACCAUGCCCGCCCUCUCCUCCCAGCUACAGUUGAAGACUUUACCUUUGCACAUUUUGAGUCAUAGUUAUGUCAUUGUAUAUUAAAAAAUCUGAAUAAAU